AUGAUCUCCUCUCCCUCUCCCUCUCCCUCGCCGUCGCCUUCGUCGUCCCGGACGCCCAAGGGCGGCUCCGCUACGCCGCCGCCGCGGAGUCAGGCCAGCAAGUGGCGCAGCGGCGCGGUACGCGGGGUGUACGGGCGGCGCCUGCUGGACGCGCUCCGCGCCACGGGCGGCGGCCAGCCGCGCGCCGUGAAGGCGGCGGCGGACUCGGCGCUGGCGCUGACCGCGCGCGGCCAGACGCGGUGGAGCCGAGCCAUCCUGCUGGCCGGCGCGGCCUGCAACCGCCGCCGCGUGCUCGUCAAGGCGGGCGGCAAGGUCCGGAGGCGGCGCCGUCCGCCGCCGCCGGUGCAGGCCAGAGACAACGCGGCGGCGGCGGCGUUGCUCAAGGACAAGGGCAAGGAGAAGGACAAGGUGCAGGAGCGGCUCCGCGUGCUGGGCCGCCUCGUCCCGGGCUGCCGGAAGCUCCCCGCGCCCGCGCUCCUGGAGGAGGCCGCCGACUACGUGGCCGCGCUGCAGAUGCAGGUCAGCGCCAUGCGCGCGCUCGCCGACGCGCUGGCGGCCGCGCAGCUGUCGUCGCCGGCGGACGCGGACGCGGACGCGGAGGCGGGGAGGUGA